AUGGUUCCAAGUCAAUACAAUCGUUGUGUUUGUGAUCUGGUGGUCGAAGAAAAAGAACUAGGAAACCUUAGCCAUGACAAGCUAAAUUGUGUACCAAAUUUCAGAUCACUGAAAUUCCGAAACAAAGAAACCGGAGCAGUGAUGAUACACAAAGCGGUUGUGGACAUAUGCUAUGGAAUGAAUGGUCGUAUAGCAGUUGAUCAAACACAGUUCGACGCGGAGGAACAGGAAUUUCGGUUCACUAGAAACUUCCGUGUUGCCACUGUUUUCCCUGUGACAUCUAUAUCACCGGCGUACAACCAAAAACACUCCUGGAUUGACGACUUUCGAAGCAAUAUAAUGCAGUUAUACAGAAAACCAGAUGGACACUUGCGUUUCGGUUGA